AUGCAAAUGACAAACCAGCAUUCUCCCGUCCUGCAAUUCGCACCCUUUGCAUCUGGAGUCGACGCUUCAUUCUGGCAGUCAUUGGCAACUAAGAAGCUCAAUGUAUUGAAGCUUUCAGACGAUCCUCAACCCAUUCACGCUUACUAUGCAACUGGCAAGCGCUCUCGCUCCGAAACAGCUCUACCUCCCCACUUUUCUGUGCCCGCUCAGGGGUUGGACAGCGAUAAUGACACUCGGCCACCUUUUACAUUUGGAGUUACUGGAACCUUGUAUAAUACCAACACGUUGGAGGAGUUUAAACGCAUUGACAAGAACAAGCUGUUUCAACAAGCAACGCAAAAGAUAUGGCAAGCCAUUCAAAGUGGGGUUGCAUUGGACCAACCAAGCGUCUUGACAGAGUUUAUCAUGCUCACUUUUGCCGAUCUCAAACGCUACAAAUUUUACUAUUGGUUUGCCUUCCCUGCUCUCAUGCCACAACCUGAUCCAUGGCUUACAAGUGCAACGUCGCAUCCCAUUGGUGACACAUAUUCGCAAGCUGAGAUGGAUACACUUGCACAAGCUUAUCAAUCGGCGGGACGACCAUCAUGUUUCUUUGUUCGCAACAAGGUCGAGAUCAUUCAUUUGAACCAAGGUUGGCAUGACGAUCUAUUGGUGGGAUUUGCCGACCCUUCAUCUACGGAGCUACCCGGAUGGCCGUUACGAAAUCUGCUCGCCCUACUACACAAACAUUAUGGCAUUUUCAAAUGCAAGGUGUUGUGUUACCGUGAGUUACCUGGGAAAGGGAUCGAUGACACGCGUUUGCUGGAAGCCGAAUUGCCGACUUCAGCUUAUUAUCAUGACAAAGAGCCUAAAGCUGUUGGAUGGGAAAGGAAUGUUCAGGGUAAAUUGGCACCACGAAUGGCUGAUUUGGGACCAUUGAUGGAUCCGUUAAGGUUGGCAGAUACAUCGGUUGACCUCAAUCUGAAAUUGAUGCGAUGGCGGGUUAUGCCGGAGCUUGACUUGGAAAAGAUCAAAAAGACCAAAUGUUUAUUACUCGGUGCUGGGACAUUGGGAUGCUAUGUGGCGCGCUGUUUAGUGGGAUGGGGUGUACGCAACAUUACAUUUGUCGACAAUGGCCGGGUCUCUUUUUCCAAUCCUGUACGACAACCACUUUAUCAAUUCAAUGACUGCCUCGAGGGUGGUUCUCCUAAAGCUGAGACAGCUGCCAAGAACUUGGAGCUAGUACAGCCCACAGUGAAUUCUGCAGGUCAUGCAUUGUCGAUUCCCAUGCCAGGGCAUGUUGCAACUUCGGAUGCACAACUUGAAGAGGAUAUCAGCCAUCUUGAAAAACUUGUGAAUGAGCAUGAUGCUGUAUUUUUGCUUACUGAUAGCCGAGAAAGCCGAUGGUUCCCGACACUUUUAUGCGCACGUGCCAACAAGUUGGUUAUCAAUGCAGCUUUGGGAUUCGAUACCUAUCUUGUCAUGCGACAUGGUUCAAGGCGACGACAUGGUCUAGACAACCCAUUGGGCUGUUAUUUUUGCAACGAUGUGGUGGCGCCUGCAGACUCCCUAUCAGAUCGCACCUUGGACCAGCAGUGCACCGUAACACGACCGGGUCUUGCCGCUAUUGCAGGGGCACUCGCUGUGGAGCUCCUUGUAUCACUCAUCCAACAUCCAAAAGGGAUCGAAGCUGAUUCAGAUUGCAUCUUGGGCAGUGUUCCCCACCAGAUCCGCGGAUUCUUGGGACAAUUCCAUAACAUGUUGAUCGUGGGACAAGCAUACAAUAGCUGCACUGGUUGCUCACAAAAGAUCAUAGAUGCAUAUGACAAGGAGCCAUUAGCGUUUAUGAAAAAGGUGUUGGCUGACCCUGAAUACCUUGAACAGAUCUCUGGGAUCGCCAAACUUAAGGCCGACAGUGAUGCGAUGCUAGACCACGAUUGGGAAGAGGAUGACUUUUAG